CUCUGCACAAAUGAAGCCUGAAUGGAUUGUUGUUGAAGUGUUUUAGUGUGAUUUUCUGCAAAUAUCUUUUGUUUACAGCUCAGCCUGACAUUUAAUAUAAAAAUGAAUCACGUAUAAACAACAAUAAGUUCAGGAGAGUGUGGCAUUUUCUGUUUAAAUUAUGAAUAGUACUCUGUCAGAUCAAGACCCAGAAGAGGAUUUAGACAGUGAAGAUUCUUCAAGAAUAUUUUCAGCAGGAGAGGAAACACAGUUGUGUGACACUGGCAGAAGUUCAGAAGGAGCUAUCACACCCAACACCCCUAACGAAAGAUCGCGAUUCGGGCGGAGAUACAGAAAUGGCUCAAAUGAAGCAGCAAUUAUGAUUCCACCAGAAGAAAAGCUAGUGCAGUCGGAGCAGAGAGCAAGAAUACAUGCUGCAAGUCAAGAGGAUGCUCCUGCGAUGCAGGAACUCAUACGCUGCGUGGCCCUGGCCAGGAUCAGUUUUGGGGACCUGCACUGGAAGGUGGCCAGGGCACAUGUUAACCUAGCAGAAGGUUACCUGCAGAUCAAAGGACAGGCCCCGCAAGCAAAGCUACACUGUGAAAAGGCCAAAGAGAUCAUGUACUCAAACACUCGGCAUCCAGUUUCUGAGGAGGAGAGGAAAGAUAUCCUCCGAUGUUUGAUUGCCAUGUUCCUCACGCUGGGUAAAGCGAUGGUGGGACUUCAGAAUCUGAAAGAGGCAGAGCAAAACCUGCUCAAGUCGGAGAAGGUUGUAGACGAGCUUCGACAGGCCGAGGAAGUGCCACUGGAAGAGAUUAGACGAAUAAAUGCUGAAAUUACUUUGACCUUGGGAAGGUUGUACAUGAAGGAGAACAAGGCAGUAGAAGCCGUGGCGUGUUUUGAGAAAGUGCUGCAAAUAGUGAAGGUCGAUAAGGGUGAAAACAGCAUAGAGUGUGUCUCUAUCUAUCGGGAUUUGGCAGCAGCAGAGCGUGCUAGAGGUGCCCAUGACACCAGCACACAGCUCCUCAUGGAGGCUCAUUCCAUCGUACUGACUAAUUCUGCCUCUGGAGAGGAGGAGGGACAAAUAACUCAUGCUCUAGCAGAGGCCUACGCAUCCACUGGCAGAGCUGAGGAUCACUAUGAAGCAGAGAAGUUCUACAAGCAGACCCUGCAAUGUUACCAGACAGCCUUGGGAGCUGAACAUGCAACAUCCCUCUCAAUCCUUGAUGAUUACUGUCGAUUCUUAAUCCUGACCAAAAAUUAUGCGACUGCCUCAAGGUUACUUCACGAAUCUCUCCCGGCCAAGCUUUCCACAUUUGGAGACUUCAGCGUCGAGGUAGAAGAAACGUAUCAUCUGUUUGGAGGAAUCGAACUAGCAGAGGGGCAUCAAAAAGCAGCUUACAAAAUGUUCAAGAAGUGCCUGGGAAUUCAGACCUUUCUGUAUGGGUCACAGCACAAAAAGACAAGAGCCACUCAGGAAACAGUCAAACUCUUAUCCAAGUCUCCGGAGGUGGCUGCAGAAGAAGUGAAGAGAGGAGCAGAUCAUUUAAAACAGAGACCUGUAUUCUGUGCUGUGGUACCAAAACACACCAUGUCAGGAGGGACCAAAGCCAAUAUCUAUUCUUGACUGAUGUCCGUGGAAUGGUGCCUGAAAAUGCUCGGAUGAUGCUCAGCGUUCUGGCCCACAGUUAUCUCCCUCCAAAACAACCUUGAUGCGAUUGCUUUGACCGUUGGUGGCUACACUGUCAGCUGCCUUGAUCCUAAGCUCUGGAACCUACCCUCACUAAAACUCUCUGCCUCUCUACGUAUAUCUUCUUUAAGACACUCCCUAAAAGUUACCUCCUUGACCAAACUUUUAUUCCCCAUCCUUAUCUUUGUUUCAAUAUCAAAUGUUCUCUCAUAACUCUCCAGAGAAGCAUUCCUGGGACAUUUUAUGUUAGGGUGCUGAAAGUAUAAUAUUACUUCGAACGGCAUUUUUUCAAACCUUUACUGUGAUUUAUUAUAUCUAUGAGGUCAACGUAGAACUUGAAGUGUCACAUUAAAAAGAAUGUGAACCAGCUUUAACUGUGGUCGAUAACCAUAUUUUAAGCGGGAAGUUAUAUGUUGGAAUUCAGAUCAAAUUGUUGUUGAAGACAAAACCAGAUGUCAGUAGCUGGCUCUCAAUGAUGAAUGGGAAUUGAUGAAAUAUAAGCCACAUGUUAUGGAGCAGGUUGCUAAUACUUUUACUACAGGCUUCUACUUUUCAUUUUAACUUUGCCAAAUAAUGUGCACAAUGUAGUGAAUGAAGUUAUGCAGUUCGCAGCUUGUGGCUGCAUAAAUUACGGAGAAUGUACAGCACAACCAGACUGUGCCAGAGCUCGUCCUUCGCUGAAGCUUUCCUCCAUUCAAACGUCAUCAAGCAAAGCACUUAUCCUUCCUCUCCAACCACCCCCGAACCUAAUCCAGCAACCUGAAAAUGCAGCCUUGCUGUUCAUCUCCGUGAGUCCCUGCAGUAGCAAAUUCCACAUGCUCACCACUCUGAGUAACAAGGUUUUUUCUGAAUUUCCUAUUCAUUUUCUGUUCUCCCAAGAACACCCAUCAGCAAAAAGAAGCUGAGAAAGGAAUGCCAAUGAUCUCAAGUCCAAGGACCACCUUCCACCUUCUGGUAAACAGUUGCCAGACGUGCGAACAGAGAUUCAACUCUAUAGAAUCGUAAAUAUAUCAUAGAAACCCUAUCGUGUGGAAAAAAGCCAUUCAGCCAAUCAAGUCCAAUCCAACCCUCCGAAGCCAUGUUGUGGAGGAGCCAGUCUUCGACUGGGGUGGACAAAGUUAAAAAUCACACAACACCAGGUUAUAGUCCAACAGGUUUAUUUGG